AAGUACCUAGGAGGAACUACCAGGGAUAAGGGAUCGACAUUUUCCAACUCUGCCUACAACACACAAACCAAACUCAAACCUUACAAACCAAAUGCUGAAUCCUCACAUAGAUACUUGACAAUGCAGCCAUUAAAACACAUUAUUUGGCAAAACAAAGGUACUUCUGAUCACACAUGGCUACGAAUGUAAUAAUGCCUCGAAAUAAUUUGAGUAGCGCAUCCUGUUUUAAACCACAAGGUGGUAACAUUACAGCAUUUUUAUAAACGUUGCUUUACAAACAGACAGCAUGGGAUGAUUCACUAGUUGUUGGAUAUUUGAUUGCCCAUCUAGCCGAAUGUAUGUACAUUGGACAUUUUUAUUUUAUAUUUGAUACGUUUUGUGUUGCAUUUUGGGAGAUGUAGUUUACUACUACUCGAGGCGGAGCUCAGUCAUGAUGAAACUUGGACCAACAAAUAUCUCUGGAGACGUGGUAGCAAGAAUAAUUAAUCUAGCUAGAUGAAUAUACCUAUGAUAUGUGAAAAUGUCAGCUCAAUGUAGUAAAUGAUGAUCGAGGAAGAACACGAGAAGAGAAACCAUACAGUAUUUGGGAGAAAAACUACAUGGGUCGCAAGUGGAAGUAAUCGAGGAAGGCUUCCAGUCGACGACUCGGCUCAUAACAUUGAGAUCAGUUUUUUGGGCCAUAUCAAGACUUUCUGAGGAAUUGCACGGACGUUUGCAGUGAAAUUGCUUAUUUCUCAAGCCAGAGUGGACCCGCAAACGCCACAUUAUUUUCUUACGGGUCGUCGACUCAUAUUAGCAGGCAUGCCAGAGUCUUUGACAUGCGGUUUUGUGCAAUUAGCUUAAGUUGGCUAGCUAGCUAUUGUUUUCCUUUCGCGAACUGCUCUGUCUUGCCAGUCACAUUUAGUAAUAUAUUAUUCCAGAAAUGCAAGAGGAGUCGACUGCAGUUUGCUAACUACAUUACUAUUUCCAAAAUAAUAGAAGAGUGGACUUUCACUUUGCAUGGGCAUUACUUUAUCUACAAAGUAACGUUGCAACUUGGCAAUAAUAGUUAGCUAGUUUAACUUUACUUGCUAGUGUGGUUUGGCUAGUUUGACUGCUCUCAAAUGAUUACGCUAACUCGUUCAAUGUUGGCUACUUACGUUACUACAGUAAACUAGCUAGUUUUUCGAAUUGGCUGGUUGGCAGUGCUGUUCAAUGUCAAACUGGGGGAGAACCUAUCCAUUCUAUUUGAAGGCUUUUGGGAUACACCCACAUUUUUUAUUUGUACGAACAACACAUUUGCCCCUUUUGCCACAAUGUUCAAGCUUUGUCUUCAGAGAACUCUAGGAUACACAGUCUCAUCAAGGGCAGUGCUGGAAAGUGUCACUGCCGGAAAGGUUUUGAAGGUGUCCCACGUGCAAAGCUGUUGGAUGGGAACGCUCGGACUCAACGAGCAGCGGGAGCACCUGAACUCUCCAAAAAGAGCAAAAGAAUUCAUCUACAGCCUUCACCCCAAAGAAAGAACAUGUUUACUCAAAGAACUACAGAGCUUUGAGUCCAUAGCUAUAGCACAAGAGACGCAAGAGACUUCACCGCUUACUCAAGCUCAGAUCAGAUACGUGCUCCUACACAAUGCAAUCCCCUUCAUUGGUUUUGGCUUCCUGGACAAUGCCAUCAUGAUUGCGGCAGGAACCCAGAUUGAGUUGUCUAUAGGGGUCACCUUUGGACUAUCGACCAUGGCAGCUGCAGCUCUUGGGAACUUGGUUUCAGACCUGGCUGGACUUGGUCUUGCAGGAUACGUGGAAAUCCUAGCUUCCAGGCUAGGGAUGCAGGUUCCUGACUUGACCCCCAAGCAGGCAGACAUGUGGCAGACCAGGGUUAGCUCCCACGUGGGAAAAGGCAUUGGAGUCACAAUCGGAUGCAUUCUCGGAAUGUUCCCCCUGCUAUUCCUAGGGGAUGAUGAAGAUGAGCACAAGAAAAAAAAAGCACAAACAAACACCCCAAACUCUUAACAGCAUGGUAACAAUCUUUUUGGUCUCGAGUCAAUUGCAACAAGCAUCAUCAGCAUGAUUUUAGUUGAUCUCUAUCUCUGAAAACCUUCUCUAUUUCAUUAUAUAUGCCAUUUACCAGACGCUUUUAUCCAGUGACUUAGUCAUGGGUGCAUACAUUUUACGUACGGAUGGUCCCGGUAAUCAAACCCACAAUUCUGGCAUUGCAAGCUCCAUGCUCUACCAACUGAGCUACCAGGUAAUCUUCUGAAAAUCUAUUAUGAGCCAUUAGGCUUAUAAAGUAGUUGCAUUUGAUGGCAAGGUAUUUUCGCAGGAUGGAUUUCGUUGAACAUUUGUUUGAGAUUAAGUUAAAUCAAUGUACACUACCGGUCAUAAGUUUUAGAACACCUACUCAUUCAAAGGUUUUUAUUUUUACUAUUUUCUACAUUGUAGAAUAAGAGUGAAGACAUCAAAACUAUGAAAUGACACAUAUGGAAUCAAAAAAGUGUUAUAUAUUUUAUAUUUGAGAUUCUUCAAAGUAGCCACCCUUUGCCUUGAUGCACACUCUUGGCAUUCUCUCAAUCAGCUUCACAGUCUUGAAGGAGUUCCCAGAUAUGCUGAGCACGUGUUGGCUGCUUUUCCUUCACUCUGCAGCCCGACUCAUCCCAAACCAUCUCAAUUUGGUUUAGGUCGGGGGAUUGUGGAGACCAGGUCAUCUGAUGCAGCACUCUAUCACUCUCGUUCUUGGUCAAAUAACCCUUACACAGCCUGGAGGUGUGUUGGGUCAUUGUCAUGUUGAAAAACAAAUGAUAGUCCCACUAAGUCCAAACCAGAUGGGAUGGCGUAUCGCUGCAGAAUGCUGUGGCAGCCAUGCUGAUUUAGUGUGCCUUGAUUUGUAAAUAAAUCACUGACAGUGUCACCAUCAAAGCCCCCCCACAUUAUAACACCUCCUCCUCCAUGCUUUAUGGUGGAAAAUACACAUGCGGAGAUCAUCCGUUCACCCACACCGCGUCUUACAAAGACACAGCAGUUGGAACCAAAAAUCUCCAAUUUAGACUUCAGACCAAAGGACACGUUUCCACCAGUCUAAUGUCCAUUGCUCGUGUUUCUUGGCCCAAGCAAGUAUUCUUCUUAUUGAUGUCCUUUAGUAGUGGUUUUUCAAUUUGACCAUGAAGGCCUGAUUCACACAGUCUCCUCUGAAUUCUUGAUGUUGAGAUGUCUGUUACUUGUGACUGUGAAGCAUUUAUUUGGGCUGCAAUUUCUGAGGCUGGUAACUCUAAUGAACUUAUCCUCUGCAGCAGAGGUAACUGGGUCUUCCAUUCCUGUGGCGGUCCUCAUGGGAGACAGUUUCAUGAUGGCCCUUGAUGGGUUUUUGCGACUGCACUUGAAGAAACAUUCAGUUCUUGACAUUUUCCGUAAUUGACUGACCUACAUGUCUUAAAGUAAUUAUGGACUGUCGUUUCUCUUUGCUUAUUUGAGCUGUUCUUGCCAUAAUAUGGAUUUGGUCUUUUACCAAAUAGGGCUAUCUUCUGUAUAACCCCCUACCUUGUCACAACAAGUGAUUGGCUUAAACGCAUUAAGGAAAGAAAUUCCACAAAUUAACUUUUAAUAAGGCACACCUGUUAAUUUAAAUGCAUUCCAGGUGACAACCUCAUGAAGCUGGUUGAGAGAAUACCAAAAGUAUGCAAAGCUGUCAUCAAGGAAAAGGGUGGUUACUUUGAAGAAUCUAAAAUGUUGUUUAACACUUUAGUGUUGAUGUCUUCACUAUUAUUCUACAAUGUAGAAAAUAGUAAAAAUAAAGAAAAACCCUUGAAUGAGUAGGUGUUCUAAAACUUUUGACAGGUAGUGUAUGUGAUCAUCAUGAGUCAUUGCAAGUUACUCAGACUCGUCCCUGUUGGCCCACUGAUGGACUACACUGCAGUCAAUUGGUUUACAUUUAUCAUGGAGUUGUUGGAAGCUGAAAUGAAAACACAAAUCAUGUUGUCAGUCUUCAAGUUUCACAAUUUUGGCAAAAGAUAAAACCAAGGAACACGUAAACUGCUACCUCAAUGGUAUUUUAUUUUUGUUCUGAUUGAAACAUCAACAGGUUGAACUAGCUUGUACAUCAAAGGAUACGUCUUUUGUUUUCUGUACAAUAUAUGAUUUAUUGAUUUUGUUUAUCAACAAGGAAAAAGGGAUUACUUUAUCAUUUGAAAAUCAGUUCACGAAUGCUGUUUUAUAGCACUACUAACCCAGUUUUUCAGAUGCAAAGUUACAAACAUACCUGUACUAUACACACAGUACAUUGAGUAUGCAUAAUGCCCUGGGUUCCUAGGAUGUCAACAUCUUAAAUUGGCUAUCUAUUAUGCUAACGAUUGCUAACUAGCCUUCACAAUUAUUUUAGCAAAGCCUAAACCUUUGAAGUGCCUCAAGUUUAUUUGUAUUUAUUUUUUGACCUUUUUAAAAACAAGCACACAGAUUUUAUUUUGUGAAAGUAUUUAACUUCAUGUUUAAAAAAACAACUAAAAAGCGUCAUUUUUAGUAUGUAAAUGUUAAUCUGCUUUAUUUUGGCGAAAUUAAGGAAACCGUUUCUGAAGAAAGCUGAAGAAUUAAGCGUAAAUCUGCACUCACUACAGUAUGUGUUCUAAAACAGGUUGGAUUUAUGUGCACAGAAGACGAGCAAUACAAUGUUUCUUAAAAUGCAAUUACUGCACCUAUUAUUUUGUUGCCAAUAUUAUAGACUUUUUGUAGGAUAGCUACGAAUGUUUAUCUGAGACAACCAUUUACUUAUGGUGGCCUAAAAUCAGAUUUUUUUUAAUAGAUGUAAUCAAACUAGUCAUAUUUGUGUGAAAGGAUAUUCUUUGUUUUCUGUGUAUUUGAAUAUCGGUAUUCGUUUUCUCAGUUUGCCUUUUCUGAUUUCAGUAAAUGUGGUACUUAAACUGGAAUGCCCCUCACCACACUGCUGUAUUUCCUCAUGAAUUGUAAUGAAUGUUUAUAAUGACCCUUAUUAUUUAAACUAUUAUUGCUGUUGUCAGCAAUGUACUUCGAUGUAAAAACACUGUUGCAGCACAACCAGACUAAUAAGAAAGUGUGCACCAAGGUGUAACAAAUGGUUUGAUAGUUUUUGUUUGAAAGCAAUGAAUGUUGUGGGUGAGGUAGUAUUUCUGCAGUUUGGGCUUGAUCUCUCUACAUCCUUCUCUUUAGCACUAAUCGCCAUGCACAAUUUCCUCACCUCUGCCCUCUGGUGGCUGAAACAUUUUUAUCUGCCUCAGCUCAUUCUCCCUAUUGCUAUUCCUCCUGGCGUUCUCUGGUCUUGCUUGUUGCACCAAUUUCCCCUCCUGUGGAAUCUUUGUUUUUGCCUGAUUUCCAUCAAUUAUCUGAACAGCCAUCUCCCCGUCUUUGCUAUCCAACUCUUCGCUCUCCAUUAUUGGUUAUUGCUCCACCAUGAUAUCGCAGUAGAUCUCUCCUCCUUGUAUCAUGUUUUUUCUUUGUCCCCAUUAAUGAACAUGCAAGAAAGUAUCAUGCUAAUAAAAGAACUACCGGCAUUCAUUUAAACAAAUAUGGACUUAUCAUCCAAUGCUCUUCCCCACUACCAUGUGCAUAAAAUGUAUCUAUGCUGCCAUGUUUGCAUUUUAAAAUGUAUACUUAUACCAUUGAAGAGAAAAUACUUGUGUAAAAAGACUGAUUGCUCUUGUAUUUUGCAACAAUGAUUUAAUAAAACAUGCAAGCAAUA